GCAGCAGCAGCACCAGUACCAGAGCUCCCCACAUCAUUCACGGAUACCACACCCCAACCAAGCCAGCCCAGCCCCACAACAUGAAAGUAUUUGCCCUGACUCUGCUCUGCCUGGCUGCCGUGGCACAGGCCCAUGUCAGCUACAAGCUGCAGUGCGCCCGCGGCGAGAUCGGCAUCCGCUGGCCCAGCUACCACAGCAACUCCGAGUACUUUGUGUGCCAGGGCGUCUACGGCAGCCAGCUGACCAUCCACUGCCCGCCCGGCGAGGUAUUCACCUUUGUGCUGCAGCAGUGCGCCUCUCCCGCCCACUACAUCCCAGCGCCGCCAAUCGAUGUCCUGCCCACGGCAGCUCCCAUCACAAUGACCGUCGUGGAGGACGCACCGCCAGUGAUGGCUGCCGCUCCCAGCCUGUUCGAGCAGCAUGAGACUGCCGAGCACCACGAACACCACGAGCACCACGAGCACCAGCCCGAGGAGGAGGCUGUUGUGCUGCACCCGAUUCCCCCGACCCCAGCACCCGAGCCACCAGUUGUGGAGUCCGCCGCCAAGCCCGUGCCCAUGCCCCACAAGGUCAGUGGCGCCAAGAAACCCGUCGUACCAGUGCCCGCCAAGAAGCCCGUCGCUGCGGCCAAGAAGCCAGUGGCUCCCAUCCCAUCGAAGGCCGCCAAGAAGCCCACACCACCCAGCAAGGCACAGAAGAAGACAGCGACUGCCUAAGCGUCCGAACCAUCGUUACAGCAAGCGGAAAUCCAUUCACAACUCAAAAUAGCAAAUAGCAAUAAAAGAAAGUAAUUAAAUAUCCACCUGCAA